AUGGGGCUCCCUACGCUGGAGUUUAGUGACUCAUUUUUGGACAGCCCAGACUUCAGAGAGAGACUCAAGUGCCAUGAAAUAGAACUGGAGCGAACCAAUAAAUUCAUCAAAGAUCUGAUCAAAGAUGGCAACAUGCUCAUAACGGCGCUAAAAAGUCUGUCAGCUGCUGUCCAAAAGUUCUCUCAGUCCCUGCUGGAGUUUCAGUUCGAGUGCAUAGGCGAUGCUGAGACCGACGAUGAAGUGAACAUUGCUCAGUCUUUCAAAGAGUUUGCUCAGCUUCUCAGUACUGUGGAAGAGGAACGUCGUCGUCUGAUCCAGAAUGCAGAUGAUGUUUUGAUUACUCCCUUGGAAAAAUUUAGAAAGGAGCAAAUUGGUGUUGCAAAGGAGGGAAAGAAGAAAUUUGACAAGGAAACCGAAAAAUACUAUUCAGUUCUUGAGCGGCAUCUCAACUUGUCAUCGCGAAAGAAGGAAACAUAUCUGCAGGAGGCCGACACUCAGAUUGAUAAGGAGAGACAACUCUUCUAUGAUGCCUCCCUCGAAUAUGUUUUCAAAAUCCAAGAAGUGCAAGAGAAGAAAAAGUUUGAGUUUGUGGAGCCACUGCUGGCGUUCCUCCAGGGCUUGUUUACCUUCUACCAUGAAGGAUAUGAGCUGGCUCACGAGUUUGAGCCUUACAAACAGCAGCUCCAGUUCAACCUACAAAACACACGAAACAACUUUGUGAGCACGAAGCAGGAAGUGGAGAAGUUGAUGAAGAGGAUAAGGUCAGCUGAUCAGGACUACAAGCCCUUAGGCCAGUGGACGAUGGAGGGCUUCCUGUACGUCCAGGAGAAGCGCCCUCUGGGAUGCACUUGGACGCGUCACUACUGCACAUAUGAUAAAGGCAACAAUACAUUUGCCAUGAUCAACACUGAAUGCAAGUCCACUGGAAAGCAGAAUGGUGUAGUCCCAAACCAGCCAGAAGUGUUCAAGCUCAAGUCCUGUAUUCGACGGAAAACUGACUCCAUCGACAAACGCUUCUGCUUUGAUGUGGAGGUGGUGGAGAGAAAUGACACCUGUCGUGGAACUCUUUUCAGACCCCUUCAGUUUUUCUGUAAAGUCCGGCACGGCAUCAUGACACUGCAGGCUCUGUCCGAGUCCAACAGAAGACUGUGGCUGGAGGCCAUGGAUGGCAAGGAGCCGAUUUACAACCUUCCAGCUAUUUUGAGCAAAAAAGAAGAGACAUUUCUAAAUGAGGCCGGCUUUAACUUUGUGAGAAAAUGCAUUGACCUGGUAGAGUCAAGAGGCCUCAAUGCCAUGGGGCUGUACAGGAUAGGAGGGGUCAACUCCAAGGUGCAGAAGCUGAUGUCCACAGUGUUUUCAUCCAAAGCUGCGGUGGAUAUGGACCUGGAUCCGGAGACGUGGGAUAACAAAACCAUCACCAGCGGUCUGAAGAAUUACCUCAGGUGUCUCUCUGAGCCGUUAAUGACCUUCAAACUGCACAAAGAUUUCAUCAUUGCUGCCAAGUCCGAUGACCAGAAUCAGCGAGUGUGUGCGAUCCAUGCCCUGGUGCAUAAGCUGCCGGGGAGAAACCGGGAAAUGCUGGAGCUGCUAAUAAAACAUCUUGUCACAGUUUCCACCCAGAGCCAGUUCAACCUGAUGACCAUGUCCAACCUGGGAGUGGUCUUCGGUCCCACGCUGAUGAGGUCACAGGAGGAGACGGUGGCGGCCAUGAUGAAUAUUAAGUUCCAGAACAUUGUGGUCGAGAUCCUCAUAGAAAACUACUGCAAGAUAUUUGAUCAGGCUCCGGACCCUAACGUGCCUCCCCCUCUGAGCUCUCGCCGGACCAGGGCCAUGUGUCUGGCCACCAGCACCCGGAAGCCCCGCAGUGUCUACGCCCCAACGCUGUGCCUGGCAGACGCCCAAAGCGACACCUUGAGCAGCAGCUGCAGCAGCACGCCCAUGGGCAGCCUGGAUUCACUAUCGUCACACUCCUCGGAACAGAACAGCUCCUCCAAAACCACCUGUGCCACAAAGAGCCAGGACACGUCUCUGCUGGACCUGCUUCAACUACCCUCCCUAAUGCCCAACGGUCCCAACGGUUCCAACGAUCCUGGUGGCUCGGAGGCGGUCAGCAGCACCGACUCCAGCUCACGGGAGGACACGGCACGGACCGACGCCGAGUCCGGGGACGCGCUUGGCCUGUCCUCAGUCAGCACCUCCUCACAACUGUUAUCUGCCCCCAAAAAGGCCCCACAUAGCCACGGCAACCUGAACAUGGAGCUACGAAAGCACUUUGCAGAUGAAAGUAAUAGACGCUGUUCUGCAUCAGUCCCAAGUCUGUCAACACUGGAGUUCAGGGAGAGCCCCAAACUCCCUCAUAAAGACGUGAUUCGCCGCAGGAUUGACUUGUCUGUCAGCAAUGGUUACCAAAGACCAGCCUCAAUUGUUGCUGCUCGUGCAUUACUUUUUGAAUGUUCCACUUCCUCUCAACCUGGCCCAGCUGGACGAGAGGCCACCGCAGUGUAUUCAUGUGAGGCUGAGCACAGCCACGAGCUGAGCUUCCCUCAAGGCGCACACUUCUCAAACGUCUAUCCUUCUGUUGAACCUGGCUGGCUCCAAGCGACAUACGAGGGAAAAACAGGUUUAAUCCCAGAGAAUUAUGUCGUCUUCCUCUGA